AUGUCAAUAUCUCUCAUUGUCAUUUCCACGCUGCUACAGCUUUCUAGUGGCUGUGGUCUGCUCGAUGGCCGAAAGGACUACGCCAACCGAACCUAUGGACAGACAUGCGUUGAGGCAGCCGGGGACGACAAGGAAUCUCUGGCAGUCUGCCUUCUGCAGAGGAAUUCGAUCGACAAGAUACUUGACUGUGGGGGCCCUGAGCGUGGUUUCGGCAUCACCAGCGGCGUUGCCCUCCAAGCCGGCGUAGGCCACCUGUAA